GAACGUAUCUAUUUCGCCUACAUUUUAUUAUACAAUGACCAGUGACACUGAAGAUACAGAAGAAAUAAACCCAAUAAUUUAUCACAUGGUCCAGACUUUUAUGAUCAUGUCUUACAGCAUAACCUUCAUCCUGGGGACUACCGGGAAUGGCCUGGUCAUCUGGAUUGCAGGAUUCAAGAUGAAGAAGACAGUCAACACUUUAUGGUUUCUCAACUUGGCCAUAGCUGAUUUUGCAUUUGAUAUUCUCUUCCCUCUCCAGAUAACGGAGUGGAUUUUGGAUGGGCAUUGGCCCUUUGGUCAAACCAUGUGCAAGGUCAUAUACACCAUUCUCUUCCUUAACAUGUCUGUCAGCAUCUCUUUCCUGAUGAUUAUCAGUAUUGACCGAUGCUUAUUAAUCAUGUGUCCUGUGUGGUCAAAAAACCACAGGUCUCCCAGGUCUGCAUUAACCAUCUCAGUUAUGAUAUGGUCAACCUGCUUCAUGCUUAGUUCUCCAUAUCUUUCUUUUUUAGACAUUAUUCAUGACUCUGAGAACAGCAUUUCAUAUUGUACCUCAGUCUACGCUGAUGACUAUGAUGCAGACACCAAGAUGGAUCAAACUUUGACAGUCUUUAGAUUUGUCACCAUGUUUCUCAUCCCAUUUUCUAUAAUAGCAAUUUGUUAUAGUCUUGUUAUUUUUCAGAUAAGAAGAAGCAGAAGUUUGGCAAGAUCAAAUAGACCUCUGAAAGUCAUUAUCGCUAUUGUACUUAGUUUUUUCUGUUUUUGGUUUCCGUUCUAUAUGUGGCCUUUUCUAGAAGUCUUGAAUGUUGAAUUCAGUAUAACUGUUGACUUUAUUAUGUCCAACCUUGUAUGCUGCAUCGGAUUCUUUAACAGUUGCAUUAAUCCCAUGGUCUACGUCUUUGUUGGAAGAGACUUCAAGGAAACUUUAUCCAAGUCCAUUUCAUUUCUUCUGGAGAACACAUUCAAGGAGAAGGAUAUCUCUAAUACAGAACCUCAAUAUGAACAGACUAUGAUGGAAACUGAAAUGGAAGAUUAUACUGUAUGAAGAAAAACUCUUCAAUAGGGAGCUUCAUUAGUGAUUGUCUAGAUGUCACAACAACCUUUCAUUUUUUAAUGGGACUGAAACUCCGUAUUCUUUAUACGUCAGGCUCCAGAGGAAAGCCCCAGAGAAAGAAAUGGACUACUUAUGUACAGUAUAUGAUUUUGGAAUUUUAUGUUUCCCAUAACAAUUGUAAGACAAUACUCAUUUUAGUCAGACAAUACUAGUAGAACGGUUAUCUUGGGUCAAAACUGCAGUGGGCUUUCAUGCAAAUGACAAAAUUCCUAAAAUGCCUAGUGCACAUGGCCAUACUAUGGCUUCAUUUGAGUUGUUUGGAUUCAUAACACUAUCAACAGAAGCCUAUAGGCCCAUCUGGUACCUCUAUAUGUCUGUAAUUUCAUAGAAAAGGUAAAAUACAUGUACUUGUUACUAAACAUAGAAUAAAUUAUUGGACGGCUGCCUAUAGUUCCCCUCUAAUACCCCUUUAAUCUGUGUAGCAUAUUCAAA